AUGCCCGGCUGGUCCAUUGACAUGAUUCUGCAGCUCUCGCCUGUGACAGCGACGUAUGCGGCCGAGGACUAUCCCGCUGUGGUCUCACUCAUCGACGAGGUGCUUCUGUUGGAGGCCGAGGAGGAGGAGGACGAGGCACCUGACCUUCACGAGCAGAUCGGCGGGCAUCCUGGAUGCCUUGUUCGAGGCAUUCGCGGCACUUCGCUGCUUCGGAUGGGCAAGUAUCCGGAGGCCAUAGCCCAGUUUGAUGAGCUCGUCGCAAAGUGGAACGAGAUGAAGGGGCCCGACGAUGAGCACACGCUGCAAGCCCGUGGCGAUGCGCUGCAGGCGAGGUCUGAGGGCGGCGACAUCAUGGCUGCCCACAACGGGUUCAAGGAGCUCGACUCGGCGUGGGACACCUGGGCCGAUGAUCACGCCGACGAUGUGACUGAGGACAACCGGACGUUCUUUGAGUGGCGCAUGCCGCUCGCAGAGAACAUGCUCGCCCUCGGCGCCUGGUCCAACGUGCCGAAGCUGAUGGAGAACAUCCGCAACAUGGCCGAGUACACUCCACUCACUCCCGACAACUCGCCGCAGCUCUUUCUUGUCAUGGAUCUGUACGAGGCCCGCGCCGCGGUCGCCGCCGGUGCCGACGGCGCCCUCGCCCGCCUCGACGCAGCCAUGGCUGCUCUCGACGCGCUGGAGGAGAUGCGCCAGUCGACGCGGAGCAUGUACCUCCGCCUCGCCAAGAUCGACAAGGCCACCGCCUUGAUGGCUGCCGGCGACACCGCCGCUGCUGCCGAGCUGGCCGCUGCCGUCGUCGCCGACCGCGAGGCCCAUGGCGUCGCCGGCGUCGCCGAGCACUUUGUUGCCCGCGCCAUCGCCGCCGCGACCGGCGACUCGCCCGUCGACACCCUCACCGCUGUCAUCGCCGAUGCUGCUGCCGCCCUCCCUUCCCAUCACCACUGCCUCCUCACCGCGCAGUAUAUGCUCGCCGACGCCACCGCCGCCGCUGGCGACGCGCAGGCCGCGCUGGCCCUCUUCCGCCAAGUCCGGGACGGCCGCCAGGCGGCCCUUGGCGAAGGCUCGCCGUACGUCUUCUUCGCCUCGCAGCGCGCCGCCGACAUCAUCGUCGCCCACGGCGACGCGUCUGGUGCCGAGGACCUCGACGACGCCCAGGACGCGCUCUCGCUCGCCCAAGCCAUGCUCCGCGACAAGCUCGGUGACGACAGCCCGCACGUCGCUAGCAUCGCCGCUUCGCUUGCUGCAGCCAAGACGGCAGGCAGCGGCAGCGAGUGA